AUGCGCGUCGGCGUUGCCCCGGCCCCCGCCUUGGGGGCCGCGCGGACGAGCCGCGGCGCGUGGGGAGCGUCCACGUCGAAUCGCGGCGGCGGCGGCGCGGAUUCGAACGCGAAGGUCGCGUCGCGCGCGCCGCGGCCGCGACGUCGACGGGCGCGAUUAAUUUCCCACGCGAUACAACGACGCUCUGUCGACGUCGUCGACGACGACGACGACGACGGCGACGACGACGACCGUCCGUCCGCGUUCCUCGCGGACUUAUCCUCCAUCACCCUCGGCGCGUGGAGCUCCGUGGUGACGAAGACGCAGGAGGCGUACCGAUGGGCGUCCGGGGACUCGUUCGACGACGACGACGAGCUGUACAACCAUCGCUACUCGGCGUCGUCGUCGUCGUCGUCGUCGUCGAUCGCGAAGACCGACGCCGGGCAGUGGGGCGACGAGACGUACGCCGACGCCGCGUCGUCCUGGGUCACCGACGACGACGAGGACUACCUCACCCCGGUCGUGGAGACGAUCGCGAAGACGGGCGCCGCCGCCGCCGUCGGCGUCGGCGUCGUCGUCGGCCCCGUCGGCGCGUUCAUCGCGGAUCGACGCGAGAGGGCGGCGGCGGCGGCCGCCGCCGCCGCGGUGCCACCGCCGCUGGACGUCGUGGUCGUAGACAACGCGAUGAAGGCGACGCUGAUGCUGGGCGCGGACGAGAUGCACUUCUUACCGAUACCGGACAGCGGGUGGUCCGUCGCGUUGUCGCGGUAUCGACCUCGACCGUCGUCCGUCGCCGACGGAUCGAGUCGUCGAGGGACGCUCCGAACGACGUCCGUGGCGUCCGCGAUGGACGGCGCGUGGGACGACUCCGACUUCGAGUGCCUCGCCGGCACCGACGAAGACGCGCCGCCGCCGCUGCCGGUCGUGAUGGUCCCCGGGUGCGCGUCGAACGCGUACACGUUCGACGUCGCGCCCGGCUUUUCCCCCGCGCGGUUUCUGUCCCAACGCGGGCACGACGUCUGGAUCGUCGAGUGCCGCGGCGUCGGGUUCUCGCGGCCGUGGAGGAAAGAGAAAGAGUGGACGGACGCGAAGACCGGCGCGCCGAAGCAGCACACGCCGACGUUCGGCGAUUUCGACUUCGACACGUACUUGCGAGAGGACUUGCCCGAGGCGUUCGCUUACGUCGCGGGGACGACCAAGUCGAGGGCGCUCGCCGGCGUGGGGCACUCGAUGGGCGGGAUGCUCCUCGCGUGCCUCGCCGCGGGCGGGGACGCGUUCGGGGGCGAGGGCGAGGGCGAGGGCGACCGCCGCGAGCGUUCAGAUGGCGAUGGAAAGUCGUGGGAGCUCGCGAAAGUCGUCACGAUCGCGUCCUGCCUCGAGUGCUCCACGAGAAGCGCGAAAGGCCCGCAGACUUCGGUGUACGGUAAGCUCGCGUUCAUGGCCGGGAUGGUUCCGGACGCGCUGUACGGCGGCGGCGAUAAGAGCGGUCCGAACGUCCCUCAGCUCCCGCUCGGCCCGCUGAGCGUCGGUCAAGCGUUCGCGCUCGAGUCCGUGUUCGGGUCCCCGGACGACGACGACGGCCCGCUCGACGCGGAGCGGCGGCGGCGAUGGGAGAAAAACGCGGUGAGCCUCACGACGUCGUAUCCGGGCGCGACGUCCCCGGCGUGCGUGAAGCGUCUGCUGUUGAAAGGGUUCGGGAACGUCCCGCUGCGAUUAGUGCUUCAGAUGGCGACGCUGUUCUCCCCGGGCGGGCUCGCGACGCGCGAGGAGACGGUGCGCAUCCGCGAGCGCGAAGUCGCGGAGGCGAAGGCGAAGAGAGCGAGGGCGAAAAAGUGGAGGGAGAAAAAGGCGCGGCUAAGGCGGCGGAGGGAACGCGCCGAGGAUGACGCAUCCGGGGCGUUCGACGUCGUCGCCGCGGACGAAGCGUCGAAGAGGAAGACACCGCUGAGAGACGAGAAGGGCGCGUCCGCGGUCGAGACCGCGGACGCGGCGACGGACGCGAGGACGACGAAGACGCCUCUGAACGCCGAGAAGACCGGUCCAUCGAAGACCGGUCCAUCGCUCGCCGCCAAAACCGCCGCCGCCGCCCCAGCGCAAUUUUACCUCGACGCCGUGCGUCGGACGCGUCCGAACAUGCUCGCGCUCGCGGCGGACUGCGACCCGAUCUUCCCGCCCGUGCAGGUCGCGCACACCGCGCGCGCCGCGGGCGGGGAGUUCAUCGUCUUCGGCGACGGCCCGUCGAAGAAAGCGAUCGAGACGACGACGGACGCGGAGGAGAUUCUCGACUCGAUGCUCGCCGACGGCGGCGAACAUUUUUCGCACUACGAUCUCCUCUGCGGCGUCCGCGCGCCGGAGCUCGUGUACCCGGUCAUCGCGGACUUCCUCGCUCGCGACGACGCGCCCACGGUCGCGGACGCGAUUCAGAGAUGGAAGACCGCGGUCGCGAAGAUCCCUCUGCCGGAGUUUGGCGUGGGAUUCGGCGCGUUCGGCGGGCUCGUCUCCGUCGGCGACGUCUUCGCGAGGAAGAUGUCGUCGGGCGUCGAGACGGCGCGGCGACGGUACCUCGUCUCCCUGAGCGACCUGAGCGAGCUCGAGCACCUGUUCAAGACCGACCGCCCGGGCGGGAAGAAGAAGGAAGAUUCGGACGCGGACGCGGACGCGGACGCUCCUAUUAGUAAACCUUAG